CGUGGGAUUUGGAGCCUCUCGGCCUCACGGAAUUCGGAGUUCUAUUACUUCCACCCGCCGCAUGUGGCUCUUGGAGAGAGCCGGCUGCAGGGUGGGGGCUACGGAGCCCAGGGCUCGGUGGGCGCCCUCCAGCCUGUUCUCUAAGCGUCGCUCCCCUGACCCAGCUGCGCGCGCCUGCCCUAACGUCCUCACGCCGGAUCGCAUCCCGCAGUUCUUCAUCCCGCCUCGGCUCCGGGACCCCGGCCCCGCCCAGCCCGCAGCCCGGAGGGACGCGACCGCGCAAGCCCUCUCCUCGGCCUGCUCGCUGCCGCACCUGGCGGGCCGCGAGGGCUGCGCCUUCCUGCCCGAGAGCCCGCACACGCGCCGGCGCGAGUCCCUGUUCCACUUGCCGCUGCCUGGCCUGGCCCGUGGGCUGCCCCCGGCGCAGUCCUGGCCGUACGCCUCCGCGCCGGACCUGCGCCUCUGCCGGGCCCCGGACAGUGACACGGCCUCGUCGCCCGACUCAUCGCCUUUCGGCUCCCCGCGGCCCGGUCCCAGCCGGCGCCGGCCGCCCAGGCCGCACUCGCUGUCCCCGGAGGAAGCGAGCUCGGCCGACACCAGCCCGUGCGCGCCGCGCCGCGAGGGGCCGCCCACACCCCCGCUCUUCCACCUGGACUUUCUGUGCCGCCCGCUGCGGCCCACGCGGGAAAGCGUGCUGCGCCUCGGGCCCCGCGGCGGGCAGCUGCGGCUCUCCGCUGAGUACCAGGCCGGGCCUCGGCGGCUGCGGCUGCGCCUGGUGAGCGCCGAGGGCCUGCCCCGGCCGCGGGCCUGCCCGGGGAGCGGCGGCGGUGGCUGCUGCGUGGUGCUGCGGCUGCGGCCCCGCGUCUGGCAGCGGGCCCAGCGGAGCCGCGUGGUCAAAUGCAGCAGCAGCCCCAUCUUCAACGAGGAUUUCUUCUUCGAGGGGCUCUGCUUGCCAGACCUGGCCGCCCACAGUCUCAGAGCCAAGGUGCUGGACAGGGGCGCGGGACUCCGCAGGGACGCGCUACUGGGGGAGUGCGAGACGCCCCUCACUGCGCUGCUGCCUCCGCUGGGUGGGGGCCUGGGCCCGGAGUCCUCCCUGGCAUCCUCCCACUUCAGCCUGUAGAGUGAGGCUUCCUCUGGGGUUCUCCACCAGGUCUGCAGUCCUCAUU